CUCAUCGACGCUGUACUUCUUCCACUCUCUUGUCCCUGCAUUGCCAUUAACGCUUCAUAAUGGGGAAAACGGCCAAAAAAUCAAUGAAGAAGUUUGCCUCGAGUGGUCAACUCAAAAAGACCAUCGAAGCGCGAAAAAAACAUCAACAAAUCAAGAAAAAAAUGCAAAGCCGGAGGGGGAACAAAGGUCGGCCUGCUGCAGCUAAAUCAGAAGAAAUAGAGGAAGAUGAGGAUGAAGAGGUGAAAGGAAAGGUGAGUGUAAAAAGUAAGAAGGGGAUGACUGUGGAUGGACUUUUGAGUGGCGCAUUCAUGGAAGAAAGCGAUGAAGACAUGGAAGGCGAAGACGAAGCUGAAAGUCUUAAUGAAGAUGAAGACAACGAAGAUGAUUUCGACGACAACGCGUCUUUUGGGUCUGUAGAUAAUCUAGAGGACGACGAAGGACAGAACCAUCUAAUGGAACUUUCAACACUAGCAGAGAAAGACCCGGAAUUUUACAAGUAUCUGCAAGAGAAUGACCGAGAGCUGUUGGAUUUCGAUCCGAAUUCUAUGCAGGUAGCGGACGACGGGGAUGAAGAAGCAGAAGAAGUGGACGAAGACACCAAAAUGGCGGGUGAGCGAUUGCCGCCCCUCACGAGUGACACCUUGCGGCAAUGGCAGAAGGCUCUAUUGGAACAGAGGUCGUUGAGAGCUUUGCGGAAACUGUUGAUUGCAUUCAGAUCUGCCGCACACAUGAAUGAGGAGGAUCAGGUUUUGGCAUGGAGUAUAGAGAGCUCCUCUAUUUACAACAAGCUACUUAGGACCACUUUCAAGUACACCCCGAUUGUUCUCGAACAUCAUGUUCCAUUUAAAGUCCUCUCUCAUGGCAAGUUCAAACCACCGACCCAGACUCCCAAGUUUCAAGCCCUCCAAAAGUUGAUUUUGUCCUACUUCCACAACAUCAUACAUUUAUUAGAACAACUCACCGAUAAUGACAUGACGCAGUUAGCUCUCUCCGAGAGCGCAAAGAUACUACCGUAUGUUAUUAGUAGUCGGAAGACUGUCAAGCUAUAUCUGAAGAAAUGUCUCGAGAUUUGGUCGACAGCAGAAGAUAGCACCCGAAUAGCGGCCUUCCUUGCUAUUCGAAAACUUGCAUCGGCAACAGACCAGUCAAUUUUUGACAACGUACUGAAAGGUACAUAUAUGACCUUGGUGCGGUCAUCUAAAUCUACUAGUACACACACCUUAUCAUCCAUCAAUCUCAUGAAAAAUUCGGCGUCCGAAAUCUUCUGUUUGGACCCAGUUGCGGCAUAUCAACAUGCCUUUGGAUACAUCCGCCAGCUAGCUAUACAUCUCAGGAACAGUAUGAAAGUAAAGACCAAGGAAGCUUACCGUCAGGUGUACAACUGGCAAUACAUCCAUUCCCUCGAUUUCUGGUCCAUCGUGCUUGCACGAGCAUGUGAUGCGAAAACUGAGGCGAAAUGCGGUACACCGAGCGAACUGAAACCACUGAUUUAUCCCCUGGUUCAAGUCAGCCUUGGAUCAAUCAAAUUGAUCACAAACAGCCGAUCGUAUCCUUUUCACCUUCAUGUCAUCCGGUCGUUGCUUCAUCUAACCCGUCAUACACAAACCUACAUCCCGAUCGCACCCUAUCUUCUUCCGGUGCUGACUUCCACUCUCACGUCAACUUCGAAACCUAAAUCCUCCACCCUCCGACCGCUGGACUUUGAGGUCCAAAUCCGGACUCCACAACAGUAUUUGAAGACGCGCGUAUACUCUGAAGGGUUGAUCGAGGAAGCUUCAUAUCUCCUCUCUGAAUGGCUCGCGGUGGAUACGGUUCAAGGAAGCAUCGGCUUUCCGGAGAUUACGGUCCCUAUAAUUGUGGUCUUGAAAAAAGCCAUGAAGAACGCUAAAUCCCGUGGGUCCUCCGGCGGGGGUGUCGGACAUAUCAAAACCUUACUUGAGCGGGUGGAAGAGAGUUCGAGAUGGGCGGAGCAGAAGAGAAAAGGUGUUCAAUUGGCACCAGGGAAGAUUGCUGAUGUCCAGGAGUAUGAACAGGGAUUGAGAGACAAGGUCGGCGAGUCCCCGUUGGCAAAGUAUGUCAAAGUCCAACGCAAGGCAAGGGAAAAGAAGCGUAAGAUGAUGGAGAAUGCACGACAAGGCCAUAACGAAACAUUGGAGGAGACCGAGGACUAGACUUCUUAAACCUCUUUGAUGUUUGCCAAUAGUCGUUUUAGUUCCCACCUGCGAGACAUCCGCGGUCAUUCAUCUGCAUCGUCAUCAUGAUCAAGCCGUGACUUUGCUUUUACCUGUGGGAUGAAGAACGGCUAAGUUCUGUAUUCGUAAAUAGCUUGCCGACCUUGAAUAGACUCCUUCGCGUGUUC